AUGGCAGCCACCGCUGCUGCGGCAGUAGCCGCCUCGUUCUCGAACUCCAUGCAAAGCCUGAAAUAUUUGACCUCCUCAAAAAGUUGGCCUUGUGAUAAUCUUGUAAAAUUAUCAUCCCAUAGAAUUUUACAACCUGCAUCAAUAACUCGCCCUCUUUGGAUUGAAUUAAAUCCGAUUGGUGCUAAAUGUGGCAAGUCGAGAGUGCCUCGAUUAACGGCUGCUUUAGCACAAGAAGAGGCUGUCGAGGCGGCUCCGGUGGAGGAGGAGAAGAGUGGAUACGAAGAGACAAGUGAAGGACAGGCUGCACAAAGUGCUACUGUGAACACUAAGCUUUACUUUGGAAAUUUGCCUUAUCAUUGUGAUAGUGCUCAACUUGCUGGAAUUAUUCAAGAAUGUGCUAGUCCAGAGCUGGUUGAGGUUCUAUAUGAUAGGGAUACCGGAAAAAGCAGAGGUUUUGCAUUUGUGACCAUGAGCAGCAUUGACGAUUGCCAUACAGUCAUUGAAAAUCUAGAUGGAAGAGAAUAUGGCGGUCGAACCUUAAGGGUGAAUUUCUCGGACAAGCCUAGACCAAAAGAGCCCUUAUAUCCAGAAACUGAAUAUAAACUUUUUGUGGGAAAUCUAGCAUGGUCGGUCACGUCUGAAAUCUUGACAAAAGCAUUUCAAGAAUACGGAAAUGUAGUUGGAGCACGAGUUCUAUAUGAUGGGGAAACCGGAAGGUCUCGUGGCUAUGGAUUUGUGUGCUAUGACACCAAAGCCGAGAUGGACACUGCACUCCAAGCUCUCAAUGGAGUGGAAUUAGAGGGGCGUGUGAUGCGCGUUAGCCUAGCACAAGGGAAGAAACAAUAA